UUAAAAUUCUCCAUCCUCAAAUCUCUCACUACAUAUACUCCUCUCGGUUUCCUUCACCGGAAAUACUACCGCCGGAUUUCUCCAUCCUCCAUUGAAGGAACAAGCUUCGCACCCAUUCCUAAAAGUUGAAAUCACACUCCAACAAUGCUUCGUGUAAGACCUGCCUCCCUCUCCCUUCACUCUCCUUCUCCGUCGCUGUUCCUCCGCAAUCCCCGCGCACCUUUCUCCGUCCGAAUGUCUUCCUCCGCCCCCAGCCAGAUCAUCGAGCACGUCGUCCUACUCAAAGCCAAGCCCUCGGCCGACCCCUCCGCCGUAAACGACAUGAUACGCAACCUCAACGGCCUCGCAACCCUCGACUCCGUCCUCCACAUCUCCGCCGGCCCCGUCUCCCGCUGCCGCUCCGCGGCCCUCGCCUUCACCCACAUGCUCCACUCUCGCUACCGCUCCAAGUCCGACCUCGACUCCUACACCGGCGACCCCGUCCACGUCGCCGUCGUCGCCGGUUACGUCAAGCCCGUCGUGGACGACGUCAUGGCCGUCGAUUGGGUGGCCGAGGACUUCUCCGGGCCGGUGGCGGUCCCUCCCGGGGCGGCGCUGCGGCUGACGGUGAUGAAGGUGAAGGACGAGAGCGUGAAGGGCGAGGUUUUGGGGAUCGCGAGAGGGAUGGAGGGGAAAUUCGAUGCGAUCGAGCAGCUGACGGCGGGGGAGAAUUUCUCACCGGAGAGGAGCAAGGGUUUCUCGAUCGCGUCGAUUGCGGUGGUCAAGGAGCUUGAAGCAUUGGGCGCCGUACCGGAGGUGGUGAGUGAGCACCUCGAUGACGUGGUGGUGCUCGAUUAUGCGGUGCCGGCCUCUGUUCCGGCUGCCGCCGCCCGCCUUUAAGCUUCACUCGUUUUUUCUUGCUCCUUCCCCCCCUUGUUUGUUUGUUGAUUUUGUACCAAACAAUGGUUGUUUUGUUCAUCUAAAUAAGUGGGAGAAUUGAAGGAUUGUUAA